AUGCCUCCCUUCCCGAAGUCCAUUGCCGAGGACCCCGGGUCAGUUUUCUGGCAGCUCCAGUCCUUCUCCAUUGGCAAGGAGCAGAAGACCACUGUCCAUACAACCCUCUUCCUCGAUCGUGCCAACGCUGAGUUUGGCUUCGUCGUAUACACGUCUGCUAGCAUCGCAUUCGUCCUCCGCUUCCCCGAGACAAACGAGCCUAUCUAUUUCCAGGCUAAAACCGCACGUGCAGCAGCCUGGCGGGACAAGAGCAAGAAAGUAUCGAUCCUGUUCCAGCAUCUACAAGUAGAUUUGGAGUUUGCGUCACCGGACCAAGCUCGUAGUUUCCUAGAUGUGCUGGAGGAUAUUGCGACGGUGGCUGGCAACCAUUUCUUCUACAGUUAUGAAGUUCCACAGAAGGUCGCCUUCGUCAAGCCCGACUUCGACAUGGAACAGCAAGGUUUCACAAGCCGAGCUCCGCAGCCCUGGAUGGCCGUUCCCGCCGACUCUUCCGAGUGGCCUCGCCUACGAAAGACAGGCGAGUGGUCAGACUUCACUGUCGCGGGUGGCAGUCAAUUCCGCGUCCAUCGCGUCAAGCUUUGCAAAGAGUCAUACUACUUCAGAGCAGUAUGCAGCGGUGGCUUCUCUGAGACCGCGAAGCAGUCCAUCGAGCUUCCAGAAUCAGCACAAGUCGUAUCCACACUCCUCGACGAAAUGUACGGUGUCUACAACCCGACGACUGGUUCCAUCUUCACCAAUUUCGCGCUGAGAAUGGAGAUUGAGAAAGAGCUCAUGAUGAACCAGCUCCUUGAUCUCUUCAUCGCCGCGGACAAGUACAACCUCGAGAACAUCAAGCGCCGCGCCGCCGAGGCCAUCAUUGACCGCCUCCCCUUCAUCACCGACCCGCUCAUGAUCGUCGACCUGGCUACAUGCAUCUACCACGAGCAAUGCCCAGAGAACGACCGCGGAUUGCGCAAGGCUAUCAUCGAGUGUGUGAGGAUGAGGAUGCCUGCCAUACUACAGGAUGAGAGUGCGUGGGAGGAGUUCUCGGAGAACAAGAACGUACUGAAGGCCUUCCACAUGUCGCAAUGUGAGGCGGUUGAGGGUGGUGGUAUGAUUGGGUGGGGAGGCGGAGGUAAUAUGAUGACACCGCCUGCUACGCCUAGGUAG